CGAGCCCAAGCGCUGCGGUGAAGCAUCGUCUAACGCGCGCUACGCGAGAUAAGGGCCGGCUAGAACUCGUUCCCAACACGUACUUUGACGCGUGGAACGCUGGCGCCCAGACGUGCGACGCCCACUAACUGCUGGCGACGCUGCACACUGCCGCACUGAACAGCAAGCAAGCCAUCGCCGCGCGAUCACAACGCCCUGAACAGCAACAGCAAACGUCAUCGCCGCACCCGUAUACAACGAUGCGAACGCUCCUCCUCCUCUUGACAGCAGCAAGGACGCGGCCCUUCACCGCAUCAAGAACCCGGCUGCCCAUCACCAUACGACGCGCCACAACCACAACAAUAGAGAUGCGCGUCAACCGCAGGAACACGAGGCGAGUCACCUUCAAGAACACGGGCGGCACGGUGGGGGAGAACGCGCGACGAAAGGAGGAAAGUGAAGUGCCGAACAAGGUCUUUUUCGCCAAUAUCAAAUACGACGCCACCGAGGACGACCUCCGGCCCUUCUUUUCCGCGGUGGGGCCCGUGACGAAUGUGCAGCUCGUGCGCGACUCCUACACGGGCCAGUCGAAGGGGUACGGCUUCGUGACGUUCUCGUCGCCCUUGGCCGCGACGACGGCCAUCCGGUCCCUGCACGGCAAGCCCUUUAAAGGUAGGGAGAUCCGGUUGGACGACGCCACGUCUUUGUCCAAGAGACGCAAGGAGAAGGCCGCGCGCGAGGGGUUCGAGCGGAGGGAGGCGCGGCGGCAGGCCGAGAAGGCUGCCAAAGAGGAGGGCUAAGCUUAUUUGUGUAGAUGUCGCGUCGGAGGCGUUGAGGCAGGCUUUCGCUGCGUGCGGGAUUUGUGUAGAUAGC